AUGCCAGUCCGCAGAGGCAUCGUGGCCUCCGUCGUGCGGACACUGAGCUUCCACGUGGCCACAUUCGCCUUCGCAUUCGUAAGGGCAGUCCUCUUAGCCGCUUCCGGGCUGUUAACACUGCUCGUGGUUGGCUGUCUGCUUGUCGGUUCGUCUCAAUUCGCUCGAAAGCUCACUAGGAUCCUUUGGAAGACUGAACUGGCUAUCGACGGGCUCGUAGCGGACGAGGAUGAGCUGUGGCCAGCAUUGAGGCGGUGCGGAUCAAGUCAAAGCCGUGAGAGCGCCGCCCAAGGGCCAGUAUUGGGGGAGGUGACGCUCCCGGUGAUGUUGUUAUCGCUAUUGUACUUUUUGGUGUUCAAAUGGAUCUUGGACCUGAUCUUCAGUGUCGUGCCGCUGGUACUAUGGGUCGUGAGUAUUGCUCAAGUGUUACCGAAAGAUGCAGGGCUCUCGGACGUGAACAUCGUGUCCACGGGGACUACAGCUGCUCAGGUAUUUGCGGCGGUAGCUUUCGCCUUCUUAGCGCAUCAAUUGGGGGUAACAUCCGCUAGAGGAUUGCUGUUCGUGUCAAGAAGUGUAGCAGGAAUGUUAUUCUCGAGGAGUGAGCGAGAGGAGUGCAGCGAACAGAGCAGAGAUGGAGCGGUUGUGAUAGAAAGUAGAAUUGGACAAGAAGAGCGUCAUAUUGGAGCUGCGGCGUCGAAUAAUUAUGGAACGAUGGGUGGAAAGCAUUCACGUUCACGACAAGGAAGUGGCAACGUGUCGGUGUCGAACGAGAAGCAGUCGGCUGAAGCUGUUACCAGGAAUUUGUACGAGGAACGCCGAAGUGGCAGCGAUUCGAAUAUAUUGAGAACAAGAGGGCCAAGAGAUAUGAAACAGCAGCCAGCGAGCUUCGAUGGUGCAUACGUAGCUCCAGGGAUGUCUUCAAUACCUUCGGAAAGGCCGUUGCCCCAUGCAGAACGGGCUUUUCAAGAAGAUAUGGAUCAUGACCACGAUCAGGAGUUUCAGAUGUGCUGCUGUAAGGUUAUCAUCAAGUCUGAUGCUAAAGGAACCGAUGGUAGUGACGGUCAGCACGGGAGUGGUGGUCGUGGUGGCCGGGGAGGCGGAGGUAGGGGGAAUAGCAGAGGAGGGCUGACAUGGGGUCGAGGUAGAGGACGAGAUGGACUGCGAUUUGAUCAAAUGAGGCUGGAUAUGCGUGGUCGAUCACCUUUUCCAGCUUUUAAUGGUGAAUAUUCACCAUGGGAUCCUCGGUGGCGUGAACAAUGGUUAGAACAUUGGUCGCAUUGGCAUGGCUGGAGGUGGCCACAUAUUGACCAGAGAAGACAGCGUAAAGAUCGACGAGGACGACGUCGGCGUAAUAGCUUCGAUGAUAUGUAUGCUGUCGCUGUCCCAGUGGCCACGACUCUUUCGGAUGCUGAAGACGAUAUGGUCAAGAAGGAACCAGCGCACAAAAGUAUGUAUGAGGCGCUGGAUUUAACUCCGUCAGCCCCGCCUCUUUCGUCCCAACCGCCUCGUCGGGGAAGUUUCGAUUCUCAUUUGGUGCCAGAUUUUCGAGAACAAGGAGAUAAUGACCGUCACCACCGUGACUCGAUGCACAAGAGCUGGUCUGAACCUAUUGGCCGUCAGGAGUACAGUCACGGAAGUGAAGCGAUGGGCACCUCCGAGUCAGAUGAAGACGAAAGUGACGAUGAUUUUCAACAACCCGGAUCGAAAAAAGAUGACACUAGAAGUGUGCUGUUACGGGGACAACAUCAACACACGGGUAGUUCUUCCAAGAGUGCAUUACGUGGUAAAAGAGAGGUGGCUGGUGAGGCUGAUGGAGAGUGGGUUGACGAUAAAUUGCACCAAAAGCAUGCCGAGUGGAAGCAAAGGCGCUAUGAAAGGAAAGUGCAGAAAUACGAGCAAAAACUUCGUGCAGCCCAAGAAAAACUUGAAAAACGACGUGAAGAGCAUGUUGGUCGUAAGGAGAGAUCUAUUGACGCGAGAGAACGCGAUAAGUAUGCAAGAGAGAUCGAACAAGCAGCCGAUGAAGCGUUUCAGGCACGUGGGACUACUAUGCAGAUGCAAUUGCAGUCGUCGGGAGAUGCAAAAGCUAGUGCUCCUCGUCACACAACGCCAGUAGCACCUCCAGUUCCAACUGCUCCGGUAGUACCUCCAGCUGCACCACCCGCUCCUGUAGCUCCACCAGUUAGACGUGCGCCUGUAAAAAGCACGGGCGGCGACCCAAGGAAGCGAGCACUUUCAUCUCGCGUCCGAGGCCGACCAAGUACACUGUCAGACCAUCAAGUGCGCUCCAGCAGCGAUACUGCUGAACAACUAGACAGGGUGGAGCGUGAUGAGCAAGAAAAUAAACGGUCGGUGAGUAUCGCUCCAGUUUCUCAAGCUGGAUCAUCGCGCGAUAUCAGUGACCUUGAAAUCCUGGGCCACUAUGGAAAUAUUGCCCGUGAAUAUGAAGACGACGACGUGACAAAUAUGCGAGCUUAUGCGCCGCUGAGUUAUACGGAUAGCCCCCCACAGUACAUCACGGCUCUGGAUACAAGUCCGAUCUACCGAGGCUCGUCGGAGCAACCAGAUUACGACAGCUUCUCGCCCAUGAAUUCACCCAGAAGUAGUGGAGUAGGACGUGGGUCUUUUGAGGCCGAUCAUGACUACGACUUGCUGUCUCCGACCAACAGUAUACACGACGCGGAGUUCCCGACGGACAAGUUCCAGCAAGUGUACCGUUCGAUCCAGAUGGCUGCUGUGCCUGAGCCUCGCCAGGCUGCAUCAACGAUAGUAGCUGAGGAAGGCGGUUUGGAUGCGAAAUCAGAGUUCAAAGGGGUACCCGGUCGUCGCGAUCGUGUGAACUUCAGUGCAUUUGCCCCACCGAGCGUAUGUCCAUCGCCGAAACCGUUCCAGUUCACAGUUUGGGCGUUCCUGUUGAACCAGCGAUCUGAAAUGCAAGAGAUAGCCAAGAGCGACCACCCUGAGGCUCGAAAACUUUCACUUGAGUCCAAACUGGAUGUCCGUCGUGGUGCUCUUGUGCACGUGACACUUGAAGUACCCAAUGGUUUCGAAGUGCUGAAUGGUGCGACACAAGGCUUUGCGUGGGAAGGAGAAAUCUCGAGUGUUGACUACGACGUGGUGUGCACAGAGGGCGCUGCGUUUGGGCGUGUAUUGUUCAAAGCGAGAAUCACCGUCGGUUCGUCUGUCGCCGUACUGAACUCGUUCGUGUUGGUCGGCUCGCAUGUGAUGGAUACUAGCGAGCUAGAAGCCGAUGUGCUCGAAGGAUGGAUGGAUGUGAUGGAACAGACGUAUCGCGAGAUCCCGUUUCGAUCGCUCGAGAUGAAGGAACUUGUAGGACAAGGAUAUUUCGGAGACGCGUAUCGCGCGUCACUGAAUGGUCAGGAUGUGGUGGUGAAAACCAUUCGAGCUAGCGAGUUCGGUGAAACUACGUCGCAGAUUGUUCGCGAGUUCCAGCACGAGGCUGCGAUGUUGAAUAUGUUUGGUCAUCACCCCUGCAUCGUGCCAUUCGUGGGUGCUUCUACUGACACGAAGUUCCCGUUGGCUUUGGUGACCAAGUAUCUUCCGUAUGGCAGUUUGGAAGACAACCUACGUGGUAGUUCUUCACUCUCGAUUGAUGAGCGAACUGGAAUGUUAAAGGACGCUGCUGCUGGACUGCUCAAUAUCCACGAAGGUGGCUUUAUUCACCGUGACCUCGCUGCGCGCAACUGUCUCGUGGACCAAGGCAAUCACGUACGAAUCUGCGACUUUGGGCUCUGUCGUCGCGUGCGAUCCGAGACGGCAGGGAUGGUUAUGAAAGACGCUGUGGGCCCAGUAAAGUAUAUGGCGCCGGAGUCAUUGCAGCCUCCUCACGCGUUCUCGUACGACUCAGAUGUCUACAUGUUUGGUGUGUUAAUGUGGGAGACCUACACGAGUUCGCAACCGUUUGCGUCGCUGACUCCUGUCGAGGCUAUGAUGCAUGUUCUACGUGGUGAACGUCUUCCUGUUCCCAAGGAGCUACCUGAAUCUCUUCAGAAUCUGAUGCAGAACUGUUUCCAUGACUCACCCGCCGAACGUCCGUCCAUGCAGGAAGUGCUCACUGCGUUGGACCACUCGUUGAUCUCGAGCCAACGUGCAUCAGCAGCGAUCGCUGCUAGAACUGCGGUCGCAACAGCCAGUGCCAAUGCUGCGACCUCCACCGCAAUGGCCAAGUCCGUCGCAUCGAGGAGCAAUCAGCAAGACCGAUCCAUUUGGGUAUAA